AUGAGAACGGCUCCCACGAGGGCCCUAGAAGCUCUAUUGGUGUUGAACUCUCUGGCAGAUCGGAGACGGACCCAAAUUAGACCAAUAGGAUUGAAUGUCCGGAAACUAGACCACGACAAACUGUUGAGACAUAUAAGAAACGAGCCUGAUCCAGCCACGGGUCUUUCCGGGGCCAUCGCGGGGUGGAGGGAUACGGAGCAGUUGGUUGAAGCAACGACGGGUCUCUUGAGAAGGCUCUGCGACGCUUCCAUGCCAAGGAAGCAGACGCCACAGGACAAAGAACCCAAAUACUGCGCAGGUCGGAAGGCGUUGGGGCCUUCCGACGAAUACAAACAAAUGUGCAAAACACUGAGACGGGAAAUCAACAGAAGCCAGGACGCAUGCUGGACAGACGUGAUCGACCAGAAACUGGGUAUGAACGAGCCACCUGUUGUCAAAGACGAACAGACCAUGGGCAGAAUUGUUGACGGACUGUUCCCGACACAUCCUGAAGAGGAAUGGCCGGAAGACGAUGACGAAGACAAAGCGGGGCCAGAGUUCACGGGAGUGGAACUCGGCGAGGCGGUUCCUCGUCUAGCGGCAAAAAAGGCCCCCGGCCCUGAUGGCAUCCCAGCAGAAGUGCUGCGCGUAGUAGCCUCAGAAAAUGCCCAGAGUGGCUUCUCACCCUGUACAAUACAUGCUUGCGGGUGGACCUGUUUAGCAAAGAAUGAAAGAAGGCACGAUUGGUCCUCAUAUAAAAAAAAAGGUUUGGACCCCGAUUCACCAUCUUCCUAUAGACCGCUUUGCCUGUUUAACACGCGGGGCACGCUGUUCGAGCUGCUACUCCGGCCUCGAAUCCAAAAGGCAGUACAGGAUGCCGGUGGCCUGCACGACAGGCAAUACGGCUUCAGGAAGGGCCGAUCGACCAUAGACGCGAUACGGAACGUGGUGGACGCUUUCGACAGAGCGCAGACAAAACCCCACAAAGACAGGCCAAUAGUGCUCUUGGCAACACUCGACGUAAGAAACGUCUUCAAUUCGGCGAGGUGGAAAGACAUCGUGGGGGAGCUAACAACUACCUUCAGGUUGCCUCCAUACCUCCGCCGCAUUAUGAAGGACUACAUGCGAGACCGUACACUUACCUACCAAAGGGAGACAGAAUAUGACUACGACGGGAUCCUGAGAAUCCCGUUGGCACCGGGAGUGCACCUAGUAGCAUACGCGGACGAUGUGGUCAUCGUGAUAGUUGCACGGGACGGUCGUCGGGAGCAGCUCCGGCUGAAUCGAGCUCUAGGACAGAUUACAGACUAG